UAAUAGAGAAAAUAAUAGGUUUGGUGUCGUGGGACCUGGAUUCAAAUUCUGACGUAAGAGCUUACUACCUUUGCACAAAUCACCUGAUCUCUAUGGAUAGACCUCAGUUUCUUCCUCUGUCCAAUGUGGGGAAGUGUGAGGAAUGAACUCCAAGAUUCCUCCCAUCUCUGGAUCCUUUGACUUUGACAUGAUCUCCCCCAUUCCCCUCAUUUUACAGAGGCGCAGUCAGAGGUGAUGCCCUGCCACAUAUCACAUAGCAAAGACUUAGACCCCUGAUUUCCUACCUCUCUCACCCUGGCCCUGGCACAUGGGCUCUAACAUUGUAAAGUUUCAGUUUCAGAGUGGGAAGUGCCAGAUCAAAACAUCGGUGGUUUCCCAGUUUUGCCAAGGGCUGGGCCUGGCUUCCUCAUUCUUUGUCCACCCAGUUCUGGCCGGGUCUGCGCCCAUAGCAGCUGGGCAGGGUGCUUCCCAAUCUCCAGGCUGGGGAGGCUCCUUAGGGAUCCUGCUUCAGUUUUCCCUCUUGGUCUCUGCCUUUCCCACCCUCUCCAUUCCAUUCUCUGACUCUUCCCCUACAAUCCCACCCACACUAUGGCCAAAUUACAAAUAAGAAUUGAGAACAAAUGAGAGCUUGAGAUUCAAGGAGGCUGAUGGGGAGCAGAUGGGCUGCGGCAGGACUGUAGCCCCUUCCCUCUGCUCCCUCCUCUCUAAGAACACAGCUUGGCACAGUCAACAGGGGGGUAUGGGGUGUCUAGAGUUCAGGAAUGAGGAUUCCUAGAAUCCAAGAUUCCCAGAAUAUCAGAAUAUCAGUGAGGGGGGCAGCUGGGUGGCUCAGUGGAUUGAGAGCCAGGCCUAGAUAUGGGAGGUCCUGGGUUCAAAUUUGAUCUCAGACACUUCCCAGCUGUGUGACCCUGGGCAAGUCACUUAACCCCCAUUGUCCAGCCUUUCCCACUCUUCUGCCUUGGAACCAGUACACAGUAUGGAUUCCAAGAUGGAAGGCGAGGUUUAAAAAAAACAAACAUAGAAAGUGAGAGCCAAGAAGGAUCUGAGAACAGGGAAUGUCAGAGCAAAGAGGGGCUUAGAACAUGGGCUGUUAGAGCUGGGAAGAAGUUUAAAUAUCAUUUUAUACCCAAAGAAGCUUUGGGAAAGUCAUAACCUCACUGGGCCUCAGUUUCCUUCCCAGGAGAAUGAACAGUUUGGCCCAGAGGAGGACCGUGACACCCCCAAAGUCACAAGCAGAAAGGAGGUGGGGAUGGGGGAGGUUGGACACCAGAAGUCCAGGAAGCCUGUAGCCCACUCAGGCCCCUUCCUGAAUCCCCUUCCUCCCCAAGAACUCUCAGGAAGAACACGCUGAGAUGAAAGUGCUCCAGCCUGGGCCUCUGUCUCUUUGGCUCCUGCCAAGCCUGGCUUGUUUCACGUUUUGGCCAGAGCUGGGGAGGCCAGUGGAGCCUCCCUCCGCUCUUGUUCUCAGCCUCCCUCUUUGUUUCUCUGUGCCUGAGGGACAGGUAGGCUUCACCACAGCAUCCAAACUGCAGCCCUGACUGGGCUGGGCGCCCACUCCCAGGACGUCCACUUACAGCUCUCUCUGACUCGGGCUUUUCUGGGUGACUAAUGACUGCUGCUCCCACAUCUGCUUGGCCCUUCAGAGUUUACGGAGUCCUGGUCUCCUUCCCUUUGUCUCAUUUAAGCCCUUGAGGGGUCCAGGAAACUAGAAAUGGCCAGAAACAUUAUCCUGAUGGGAAAGAUGAGGAAACCAGGGCUCACACUGGGGCUCAGCUUCCUACUUCAUCAAUGUUUUGUCUCCUACUGGGGUUGUGAGGACGGGACUGGUGAAGGUACGACCUGUGCUAUUUUCUCCCAGGCAAUUCUCCAAGAUGACAAGUUUGCCUCCUUUUCUUUUGCCUCCAGAUAGAGAGUUGGUUUGGUUUUGUUUUUUUACACAUUGAAGGUUUGUGCAAUCCUGUGUAGAUGAAGCCCAGGGCGCCAUUUUCCCAAGAACAUGUGCUCACAUCCUGUCUCUCUGUCACAUUUGGGAAAUUCACACAAUGUUUCAAAGUUGUUCAUUAUUAUUAUUAUGCCCAUCAUGGUGCCUGGUGAUCAGUGAUCUUUGCCGUUUACCAUGGUCAUUGUUUUGGGGCUCAUCGAACCUUGCCCAUAGGACCAUGAACUUAAUUGAAGGAUGUGCGUGUGUUUGGAUAGCUCCACCAACUGCCCUUCCCCAUCUCUCUCCCUCUCCUCCAGCCUCCCCAUUUCCUAAAACACAAUAUUGAAAUUAGGUCAAUGAAUAACUCUACUGUGGCCUCUAAUAUUCAAGUGAAAGGAAGAGUCAAUCAAUGGGGAAAACUUCAUUAUUGCCUUAUUUGAAAAAAUUGCCCCAGCCUUCAGCAACCACCAACAGUCAACAGCCACCAACAUGGAGGCCAGACACUCUGCCAGUAAAAAGGUUACAACUUGCUGAAGGUUCAAAUGAUGGUUUGCAAUUUUUAGCAAUAAAGUAUUAAAAACAACAACCUCUUAUCUUCUGUCUUAGAAUCAAUAUCGUAUAUUGGUAUCAAGGCAGAAAAGAGGUAAGGGCUAGGCAAUGGGGGUUAAGUGACUUGCUCAGGGUCACACAGCUAGGCAGUGUCUGAAGCCAGAUUUAUACCCAGGACUUCCCAUUUCUACGCAUGGCUCUCAAUCCACAGAGCCACCUACUUGUCCCUAGUAAAGUAUAUGUAAAUUAAGUUUUGUACAUUAUUUUUUUAACCCCUUACCUUCCAUCUUAGAAUCAGUAUUGUGUAUUGGUUCCAAGGCAGAAGAGUGAUGAAGGCUAAGCAAUGGGGCUUGAGUGACUUGCCCAGGGUCAUACAGGGAGGAAGCAUCUGAGGCCAGAUUUGUAUCCAAUCCACUGAGCUACCCAGCUGCCCUGGUACGUUAUUUUUUUAAAAGGCAUAAUACUAUUGUAUACUUAAUAGUCUACAGUGGAGCGCAAAUGUAACUUUCAUAUGCAUUGGGAAACCAAAACAUUUGUACGACUCAGUUUAUUGUGAUAUACAUUUUUUUUUUUUGUGGUAGCCCAGAACCAAACCUGUAGUGUUUCUGAAGUAUGUCUGCACAAGUUAUGAAGGAAUUGCUAUUCUACAUCAGGGGGUAGAAUUUCCAUACCAGGAGUUCCUGACAGGGAAAGUCAUAGAUCUAGACCUCCCCUCCCAUAAAAGAAGGUGACAACUUUUAGCUCCAUUUCAUACCAUCAUAAUUUCCUUAAAGAAGAGACAUUGCUAUGUGGUACAGUGGAUAGAGUAUUGGGCUGGACCCAAGUUCAAAUCCCAUCUCAGAUACUUCCUAGCUGUUUGACCCUGGGCAAGUCAUUUAAAUGCUGCCUCAGUUUCUUCACCUGUAAAGUGGGGAUAGUAAUGGCACCUAUCUUACUCUGUUGUUGUAAAGCUCAAAUGAGAUCAUUUUUGUAAAGCUCUUAGCACUGGACCCAACACAUAGUGGGUGCAUAAUAAAUGCUUAUUACCUUCCCUGAGUUACCCUAAGGACUAUGGGACUGUUCCAUUUGCCUUACGGUUGAAACCUUCAUGUAAGUUGAGUGUCUCACUAGAAUAUGACCAUUUUGAGAGCAGAGCCCAUCUGAUCUUUCUUUUUGUGUCUCUAGCACUUUGCACAUAGUAAGGGCUUAAUGAAUGCUUUGUUCAUUCAUUCAUAUUUACUUGUUUCUCUGUCCCGGAGUCUGUGCCUCACCUAGGUCUCAGUCAUUCCUAUACUGAAGGACUGAGGCUAAUGCUUUUAUCUAAGAUAAAAGGUAAAGCUUUGCUUUCAGAGGAGGGUUAGGGGGUCUGACUCUGCCACAGAUCAGUUAUGUGACCUUGGGACCUUUCACGGCACUUCCUGGCCUCAGUUUCCUUCUCUGUAAAAAGCUGACUGUGGUCUGUCAAUCAGUCAGUCAACAAAUGAUUACCAUGUGCCAGACCCUGAGGCUCUCUGACACUCAUGAGCCCCAAGAAUGGGAGGAAGUAACGGGGCUCUGAGUAUGUGCGUAGCAGUUGCGAAAGCCAUCUGCCUCUAUCUUUUAUUUGGAGCGAGACAGGGACAGAGAAGUGGUAUUGGCAGCUGCAUCCUGUGACUGAGGAGCAGGGGAUGGAGAGGCCGGGGAACCCAACAGGGCUUGGAUCUGCUAAAUCUAGAUCUCCAUCCCUUCGGUGUUAGCAAACCUUUCUCAGCCAGCGGAGACUUCUUGUCACUGUCAUUCUCAGAGUUGUGACGACUUGAUUGGGCUUGGCUGGUCCAUGCUGGAAAAGUCAUAUGGGAAAGUGGCUAUGAUUGGGACAAACUGUGCCUUGAGAUGGCUCAGUGGCUUGAGGGUCCUACAAGAGGUUCCGACUCAUUCCUGGAAUUUUUGUAGUUGAGUCAUCACUGGGCCAGCACAAGGCUCUGAGCCUGAAGACUGAAUUCUGGUCCUGGGUCUGCUACAGAGUGACUGUGCCGCUUUGGAAUGAUCAGCCUGUCUGACAAGCACCAGAGAUGAGGAAGACCUUGAGAAGAGGCAACCAGAGCUAUUUCAGAGUCUCAAACUUUGGGUUUUCUUUGCUGAUUUUCUUUGCACAUUAAGACUUACCCUGCUGCUUUGAACUCAAAGAGAAUGGCUAGUGACGAUUACAACUUCACCGAUGGCUACUAUGACUAUGAUGGUGAUGGAUUUGUCAUAGCUCCUGAAGAGUCAACCCCCAAUGAUGCUGGGGUGGCCAGAAUCUGCUUGGUGGUGAUCUACAGCUUAGUCUGCUUUCUGGGACUCUUGGGGAAUGGCCUGGUCAUUGUGAUCACUGCCUUAAAGAUGAAAAAAACUGUAAACACUGUCUGGUUUCUCAACCUAGCAGUGGCUGACUUUUUAUUCAAUGUCUUCCUCCCAAUUCACAUUGUCAACACAGCCAUGGACUACCAUUGGGUUUUUGGGAAGGCCAUGUGCAAGAUUAGCCACUUUGUGGUGGUCUACAACAUGUACACCAGCGUCUUCCUACUUACCACCAUCAGUUUUGACCGCUGCAUCUCUGUUGUCUUCCCCGUGUGGUCCCAGAACCAUCGGAGCAUCCGGUUAGCUUCCCUUGCAUGUGCAGCUAUCUGGACCUUGGCCUUCUUCUUGGGUUCUCCAUCCUUGAUCUUCCGGGACACAACUAUACAACAGGGCAAAAUUGUCUGUUUCAACAACUUCAGUCUUCUGGCCAAUGUCUCCCACUCCCACCAUUUGCAUUCAGCACAGGUCUCCAUCUCAUACAUGAGGCAUGUGAUGGUGACUGUCACCCGGUUUCUUUGUGGAUUUUUCCUUCCUGUGUUCAUCAUCACAGUGUGUUACCUCAUCAUUGUCUGCAAGUUGAAGCGUAACCGACUGGCCAAAUCCAAGAAGCCAUUCAAAAUCAUCGUGACCAUCAUCAUCACCUUUUUUCUCUGCUGGUGUCCUUAUCAUACCCUGUACCUGCUGGAACUCCAUCACGCCUCUGUGCCAAGUUCUGUGUUCAGUCUGGGGCUGCCCUUGGCCACAGCACUUGCCAUCUCCAACAGCUGCAUGAAUCCUAUUCUGUAUGUCUUCAUGGGCCAGGAUUUCAAGAAAUUCAAGGUGACCAUAUUCUCCAGGCUGGUCAAUGCCUUGAGUGAGGACACUACUGCUCACUCUUCCUACAUGAGUCACAGGAGUAUCACUAAGAUGUCCUCUAUGAAUGAAAGGUCUUCUAUGAAUGAGAGGGAGACUGGAAUGCUCUGAGACUCACCCCAGGACCUCCCCACCCCAUGUCCAGAGACAGGUGCCUCCUUUUGGCUUUGACUCAACCUGGAAACUUCCAAACUACUUAAAGCCAAGGCAAGAAUAUAUCUGACCACCAUAUUUCCACCAAGGUUGAUGAAUCACCUUAAACAGGUGGUUUAUUAAAAUCGUUGAGAGGCAUGAAAGACAUUUUGAGAUGGGGUCCCAAAGGGAUGGAAUUGAGCUCCAUGAAUUCAGGACAUUGACUGGUUGAUCUCCCACCUUUCUGUGGCCUCUGGGUUAAUAGUAUGGAUUGAAGAAACUUGUCAUGUUGAAUACUGGAGCUAGAAAUGAUCUUAAAACAAGAGAAUGUUAAAAUGAAAGGGGACUUGGAGAUCGAUUGUCUUUACAAGAUGGGGAAAAUUAGGCCCAAUGAAGACAUGUGCCUGGUCCAAGGACAUUUGAUGGCAGGACCAGGACUAGAAUUCAGGUCUAAGUUACUGACUGCCUGGCCAUGCAUAUGCUAUUUGGGGGACCAUGAGAUUUCUUUGAACCUUUAAUAAUGAAGGAGUCAAAGAAAGAAUGAAGACAAUCUUUGAGAGAAGGUUCAAUAAAGCUCUACUAGGGGGGUUGGUUGGUUGGUUUUAAAUGCUUCCAGGGAUGGAAUCUUAUUCAGGGGCAUUGUAGGUUCUUCCCUCUUGGUAGUGACCCAAGGAUUUUUAUCUCUGGUGCGGCAUAUUAGUAGCUAAUUUAGCCUGUGUUAAAGACCCCCUGUCCCUCUAUGUAGGCUUGACCCUGUGUCUGAAAUUCACAAAGCAGAAUGUAAGCUCCCUGAGGGCAGGAUUUGUUCCAUUUUUUUUUUUGCACAGCAUCUGUCAUGUUGUAAGUGCUUAAGGAAUGUUUUCUGAAUUGAAUUGCUCCAUCAGAAUAAUAGAAUCUCAGCAGUGCAUAGGACCUCAGAAAGUAUCUAGGAGUGCAGGAUUUUAGAGCUGGUAGGGAUCACCAUUUAUUCAUGUAUUCAUUCAUUCAUUCAUUCAUUCAUUCAUUCAUUCAUUCAUUCAUUCAUUCAAUCAAUCCAUCAACCCAUCAAGCCUAACUGUCUCAUUUUUUUUUUAAAUUUUUUUUAAAACCCUUACCUUCCGUCUUGGAGUCAAUACUGUGUAUUGGCUCCAAGGCAGAAGAGUGGUAAGGGCUAGGCAAUGGGGGUCAAGUGACUUGCCCAGGGUCACACAGCUAGGAAGUGGCUGAGGCUGGAUUUGAACCUAGGACCUCCCGUCUCUAGGCCUGGUUCUCAAUCCACUGAGCUACCCAGCUGCCCCCUAACUGUCUCAUUUUUAUACAUAAGGCAACUGAGGCCCAUUGACUUGCUCAAAUCCCACUAGAAGUAAGUGGUAGAGCAAAGUCAUGUGACUCCAAACCCAGGACUUUCCCCCUAUGCCAUACAGUCUCCUAGUCCAACCUGGACUAGCCAAUUUACUCUAUUCUGCAACAUUUCUAACAAAUAAUCAUCCUUCUUUGGGUUAAAGCUUUGCCUUUAGGAGACCCCUGUUGAACUAUGGAUAUAUUUCCUUGCAGGGAUAGCACAAUAAACCAGGAGGAAUUCAUUCUCAUGACCCCAUAGGCUGAUUUCUCAGACUAAUUUGAAAUGUAGAAAAUAGUGCUCAGGGUGAUAGGGUCUAGGAUGGUGGGAGAGGGCACUUGUACUGGUAGGAGAGAAAGAGGAAGAGGAGGGGAAGGGAAUAGCCUAGUAGCUUAGGACCCAUCCAACCCCAGAGAAGAAAGAUCAGGGUGGGACCCCAGAGUGAAGGGGCACCUAGGCUGAUCGAAAGUGGAGGACUCUGAUGUGCAUUUGGAGGUAAGCACUAAAAGGGAGUUGAGGGUGCUGAAGGGUUUAUGGGAGAGCAUUAAAAACAACUUUGUUAACCUCAUCUCCUCAACUUAGCAGUUGGGCUGGCUCUGCUUCUUCCAGUUCAGAGCCUGUGAUUCUGGUCCAGUGGUAUCUUUUCCUGGGAUGAGGAGAUCACAGAACCACUGAGAGAUCAUCUAGUCCAAUCUAUGCAUCACUGAGAAUCUUCUCUAUAAUAUAAGGACAAUUGGCCAAGCAGCCAUUGCUUGAAGAACUAUAGUGAUGCUCCUGCAGCAGUCCAUUCCAUUUUAGGGUACUUUACCCACUUCACUCAUGACUCAACUCUCAGGACUUCUUUCCCUUGUCCUUACCCCCACUUUUGAGUUCCCUGAUAGGUAUUAUCUUGUCCCUUCAUUGUCAUCCUCCUCCUCAUCUCCACUUUCUAGCGUAUCUGUAUUUCUUAAAAUGAGAUGCACAGCUCUUCUGGAACCUCCCCCACCUACCCUGAGUGUAUUAACAAUUUACCUGUGAGAUCUGAUGUGACAACUAGUACACAGCCCCCAUGUUGCCUCAAAUAACCAUUGCUCACACCCCCGCUGACUCAGUGACUUAUUCCCUGCCUGACAUCUCCUUAAAAUAACCUUGGCAUCUUUGUUUCCUCUUCUGGCUUCUUCAAAAUCUUGAUGUGGGACUUGGAUUGGUUAGAAGGGGAAAAAACUGAAAACUCUUGAAACAUGGAAAGGAAAACCUUUGGGAAUAACACACUUAGAAGUGACAGUUGCUGUAGGGAAGGGUUGUAAAACUGGGAGUCAGUCCCUGGGGAUCAUAGGAUUAUAGAUUCAGAUGGGAAAGGACUUUAGAGACCAACUAGUCCAACUCCCUCAUUUUAUAGUUGAGGAAACUGAGGCCCAGGGAAGUCACAUAACUAAUAUCAAAGGAGGGAGAUGAAUCUAGAUUCUUUUAUUCCAGUGGAAUUAGAGCCGUACUACUUCCUCUCUCUUGCCCUGGGCUCAAAAGGUGGUUGUCACUCAUUUACACUCACAUGGAGGAUUAUAUUUUGUUUCUGGACAGGGGCAACUAAGUGGUAGCUAAGGCACCAAGCCUGGAAUUAGGAAGACCUGAGUUCAAACUAGCCUCAGACACUUAUUAGCUGUGUGCCCCAGGACAAAUCAUUCAACUCUAUUUGUCUCAAUUUCCUCAACUGUCAAAUGGGCUGGAAAAAUAAAUGGCAAACCACUUUAGUGUCUUUGCCAAGAAAACCCCAAGUGGGAUCACAAACAGUUGGACAUGACUGAAAUGUUUGAAUGAUCACAAAAGCUACAUAAAAUCAAGAUAAUGAAGGGCAGCCCUUCCAUCAUUUUAGUAGUGCCCUGUGUUUCAGAUUUUCAAGAGUCUCCCAUGAUGGGCAGGCAUAAAUGAGUUGCUAUCUUCAUUAUGGGAGGGACUACCCAUAUUCCUGAAUAUUGGAGUGAUCAUAGUUUGAAAGACUCAGAGAUGGCUGAAACUGGAAGAGACUAUGGAAAUUCUCCAAUCCUAACUCCUUCAUUUUAUGGAUAAGGAACAGAAGCCAAGAGAAAAGGCACUUACUCAAGGUUACAUGGUUAGGUAGCUGAACUGGGAACUGAACCAAGGUAUCCUGACUUCUAAUCAUCAUCAUAGAAUGUAGGAACUGGAAAAGCCCCUGGGAAUCAUCAAGGCCACAUUAUAACCAGGGAGAACAAGCAGAUUGUCUACUUUUUAAUAAUAAAUCAUGAUUGUUCAUCAA